CAUUAAAAAACAAAACAGAGAGAGAAGAAGAAGAAAAAAAAAAAGAACAUAAAUGUUCUCUUUCUUCUACACGUAUUGACCUCCCUUACAAGCAAAUCAAAAUCCUUUUUUUGUGUUCUUUAUCACUUGAAGAAUAAGGCUUUUGGAAGCCAUAAUUCCGGUGAGACACCACCUGGAAAUGAUGGCAUCCCGAAUGUAUAUUGUUUUAUUCUUUGUUUUAUGUCAGCUCGUUACAGCUGCAUUGUCCGGGAAACCAUCCAACGCCACCACACAAAUUAACUCCAAUUCGGUUUUGGUGGCGUUGCUGGAUUCCCGGUACACUGAGCUGGCCGAGCUGGUUGAAAAAGCAUUGUUAUUACAAACGCUUGAAGAAGCGGUCUCAAAUCAUAAUAUUACUAUUUUUGCUCCUAGAAAUGAAGCGUUGGAGCGAGAACUUGACCCGGAAUUCAAGAGGUUUUUACUUGAACCCCGGAAUCUUCGCUCGCUCCAAACGCUUCUUUUACAUCAUAUUGUCCCGAGUCGACUGAGUCAGUCUGAAUGGCCGAGUGAGUUGACUCGACAUACCACACUCUCAACAGAGCCAUUACACUUGUCAAACUUGGACUCAAUGAAGCUUGCUGGCAAUGCCGAGGUUGUUCGUGUGGACGACGUCUUUCGUCCCGACGGAAUCAUCCACGGGAUCAGUCGGUUGUUGAUCCCGAAAUCGGUACAACAGGAUUUCAACAACCGAAGAAAUUUGCGUGCCAUUUCUGCUGUUAAACCGGAAGGUGCACCAGAGGUGGAUCCAAGAACGAACCGGCUUAAAAAACCAGCUCCCGCAGUUCCCGCUGGAUCCCCUCCGGUCCUUCCGAUUUACUACGCUAUGGCGCCAGGGCCAUCUCUGGCCCCAGCACCAGCCCCCGGACCUGGCGGACCUCGUGGCCACUUUGACGGUGAGAGCCAGGUCAAGGAUUUCAUUCAUACACUACUUCAAUACGGCGGAUACAACGAGUUGGCGGAUAUAUUGGUGAAUUUAACAAGUUUAGCAACCGAAAUGGGGAAACUAGUAUCAGAAGGAUAUGUAUUAACCGUACUAGCACCUAACGACGAAGCAAUGGCGAAAUUGACUGCUGAUCAACUAGCAGAGCCAGGUGCUCCUGAGAGGAUUAUGUAUUACCACAUUGUACCCGAAUACCAAACAGAAGAAAGUAUGUACAAUUCUGUAAGAAGGUUUGGGAAAAUUCGAUAUGAUACUCUUCAUAUACCUCAUAAGGUUUUGGCUCAAGAAGCCGAUGGGUCAGUUAAAUUUGGAGAUGAUGAUGAAGAGUCGGCGUAUUUGUUUGAUCCUGAUAUUUAUACUGAUGGUAGAAUAUCGGUUCAAGGGAUUGAUGGAGUUUUAUUUCCGAAAUCAGAUAAGAAGGAUUCUAAUAAGACGGAAAGUACUAAGACAGUUGAUCGUCUUCAAACUGCACCCACAUCUCGUAGAGGAAAAUUGCUUGAGGUAGCAUGCCAAGUGCUUGAAACAUUUGGGCAAGAUUCCCGGUUCACCACAUGCCACUAGAAUUCUCCCUUCUUUCCACUAUUUACUCUUCAUCUGCCAAUCACAAGGGAAUGUAUAAAGAUUUGAAAUGGCAUGUGAAGAUACACUUCUCCAAAAGUAUUAUGGUAUGCAUCAUAAUCCAUGCUUUCUUUUUGGGGGAUAUUAGUGGGUGUACUUAGUGUAUUUUUGUGUUUGCUUAAUAUGUAAGUUCUUAAAACAUGGGGAAAAGAAGAAGAAAAAAAGAAAAAAGAAAAAAAAAAGGAUAAAGGAUUAAAGAUAGUCAUUUUCCAUUUGGGUAGUUGGAGAUGGCAAUCAAAAGGGGGGUCUGAUUUGAAGUAUGCAACAAGAAUAUUUUUUUGUAUUAUUAUUUUUGUGUAUAGUCAAAUAAAUAAUGGCUUGAAUGGUGGUGAA